CGUGAUACGAUAGCUUUUUGUUUGGAAAAGAUCACCGAUCGGAUUCGAGCAAACGAAUAAUAGCGUAGGUAGUGUUUAUUUUCGAUCAGCGUUCCAUCGGUGGAAUCAAAACGCCACUUCCGGAUCAAACAUGUUCGAUGAUUGUAUAUUCCUGUCGCUGCGAUUCCCGCAAAAACUCUGGCGAAUCGUGAACGAAUGCAAGAGUGGCGCUAUCCAAUGGAGCUUGAACGGCGCUACCAUUCUCCUCGAUUACAAGAAAUUCCAGAAACAAUACCUUGACGCGUCCAAUUCCGUCUUCAAAACGAGAAACAUCACGAGCUUCAUCAGGCAGCUGAACUUGUACGGUUUUCGAAAGGUGACGUCGCAUAAUCGCGACCCGAUCUGCAAUUCCCAUAACCCGAACGUCCACGAAUUCUUGCACGAAAACUUUCGUAGCGGCAGAUCGGAUCUGUUAUCGAGGGUGUAUCGUAAAACCGCUGGGAAGCUGAAGCAUUGCCAACGUAUCGGUUUAAGAUCCGUCACGGAACCGGAUCUUUUAAGCAAGAGCGAUGAUCACGUAUCGCGUUUGCAGAUGUGCCGGUUGGCAUUAACGAAAGCAUUGCAACAAAUAACAGAAGAAUAUCGACGAACGCACAACCAAGCAUCCAAAAAUAAAGAUUCUUUGUGCAACACUAUGGCCUCCUACAGAAAAGUAUUUGGUUCUAACUUAUACGCAACUCGAAAUCAAGAGACUAACAUACAAUGGAUUACAAACAAUACGAUGCCAAUUUCUCCGAAAAAGGAUAUCUCAAAUAGGUAUACGGCCUAUCCUUGGUGUGUCCGUGAAAUGGACAAAUCUCGUGGAAAGUACUAAUAAAAUUUUCUAUAGAUCUAUGUAU